UAAGCAGUACAAAUUCCCACUGCAAACCAUGCAGCUGUCUGGUAUCCAGCGGUGAAUUGAAUUCCCCCCAUCAGCAGUGGCAGCUGUCCCUGCAGCAAUGGCUGCUGCUUCUCUCAUUUCCGCGCUCGUCUCCCCUUCUUCUGCAAAUCUCUCUCCUACCCUUUUCCGCUCUGCUCCCAAAAGACCCAAGCUCUCCCUCCCCCUCCGCGCAAACCCAUCUCCCGUUCUCUUUCUUCUUCGUACUCACUCAUCCCGUCAAGACUCUCCAGUUCCCGAAACCCAUAAUUCUUCUUGCUUCCACAAGCUCUUCCUUGCUGUAAAGCCCUUCUCCUCUGCUUUCGACUCCUUUCUUCUUCUCUGCACUUCCGUGGCUCUGUCUUUCUCUCUGUUCGUCGCGGAUGUUGACUCUGCGUCGGCCUUCGUUGUCACGCCUCCCAGGAAAUUGCAGACAGACGAGCUCGCUACGGUUCGUCUUUUUCAGGAGAACACACCUUCUGUUGUGUACAUAACCAAUCUUGCUGUCAGGCAGGAUGUGUUCACUUUGGAUGUGCUCGAGGUGCCGCAGGGGUCUGGGUCGGGCUUUGUCUGGGAUAAAGAUGGUCACAUUGUCACAAAUUAUCAUGUGAUUCGCGGUGCGUCUGAUCUAAGGGUCACUCUUGCUGACCAGACAACAUAUGAUGCAAAAGUAGUUGGAUUUGACCAGGACAAGGAUGUUGCUGUUCUGCGUGUUGAUGCACCAAAAGACAAACUAAGACCAAUACCUAUUGGCAUCUCAGCAGACUUGCUUGUUGGUCAGAAAGUAUAUGCUAUUGGAAACCCUUUUGGGCUUGACCAUACGCUUACGACUGGAGUUAUCAGUGGGCUACGCAGAGAAAUCAGUUCUGCUGCUACUGGUCGUCCAAUUCAGGAUGUUAUACAAACUGAUGCUGCUAUCAACCCUGGGAAUAGUGGAGGUCCACUUCUUGAUAGUUCAGGAAACCUUAUUGGGAUAAACACAGCGAUAUAUUCUCCAUCUGGUGCAUCCUCUGGCGUUGGAUUUUCAAUUCCAGUUGACACUGUUGGUGGCAUUGUUAACCAGUUGGUUCAGUUUGGGAAGGUUACAAGACCUAUUUUAGGAAUUAAGUUUGCUCCCGAUCAGUCUGUGGAGCAAUUGGGGGUUAGUGGGGUGCUUGUUCUGGAUGCUCCAGCAAAUGGCCCAGCUGGCAAAGCGGGUCUGCAACCAACUAAACGUGACGCUUAUGGUAGGCUUGUUUUAGGUGACAUCAUAACAUCUGUGAAUGGAAGAAAGAUCUCUAAUGGCAGUGAUUUGUACAGAAUUCUUGACCAAUGUAAAGUGGGUGACAAGGUGGUCGUGGAGGUGUUACGUGGUGAUCACAAAGAGAAGGUCCCUGUAACUCUUGAACCAAAGCCAGAUGAGUCAUGAGAUCCUACACAAGGCCUUGGUAAGAACAUCAGAAGAGAUGGAUGGCCUUGAACCAAAGACAGCAUUUGCAAUAGUGAUGACUCCCGGGUUUUGGCUGCUUAAUCCAGCGAUAGCCACGGCAUUAGUGUCUCCAACAUUGAACUGAAAGUGAAUGAGGCCUUCUGGGAACACAAAAACGUCGCCCUUGUAAAGAACCUUUGUGAUCAGGCGAUUAUCUGGGUUAGAAGUAACGAAACCAACAUAGAGGGUUCCCUCCAAGACAGUGAGAAGCUCAGUGGCACGGGGAUGUGUGUGUGGGGGGUUGAGACCAUAGGGUGCAAAAUCAAGACGAGCUAUUGAGAUACCAAGGGUGUUAAGUCCGGCUAGUUUGUCAACAUUUACUAGUGUAACAUUAGAGCCAAGCCGGUUCGAUGUGUUUCCAGGAACAUUAAGUCCCGAGAAGAAGAAAUCAUCAGCUGUGGCAAGCUUUGGGUCCUUGCAGAAUUUUCCAUUCACGAACACUGAAAAUAUUUACAAUAGAAAAAGCAAUUACAAGAUUGAAAGAAAUUAGAUAAUGAUUUUAAUGUGAAGAUAAGGAAAUGGGCAUUAAACUUAUGAGCAAACAAAAGGGAAAAGUGUAAUGUAUACCAGCUUCCUUUGUGUCAUUGAGAGCAACACAAAAGUCCUGCAGGGGACUGGGAUCAGAAGCAGAGGCCAGAGACAAAGCCACAGCCAAGAAGACAAUGGAUACAAGUGUUUUGGCUGCCAUCUUGUUCAUGGCUAUGUAUACAAUGGAUAGACGUAUAUUAGGUUUCUUUUGCUUAAGAUAUUGAGUUGUGAGGACAGCAGCAAUGUAGCCUCGUUUAUUUAUAGAAGGAAAUGGCUUUGACAUGUUCACGUU